GUUAACGUACAUCAAACAAACAUGGCGGCCAUAGUCUUGGUUGUUGCGUUGGCAUUCGUGUCUUUUACGGAUGCUACUAACUAUAAGGAAGGAGAAAAGGUGCUGAUGUAUGUAAACAAGGUGGGACCAUACUUUAACCCACACGAGACAUAUCAUUACUAUCAACUCCCAGUAUGCCGACCAAAAAAGAUCGAGCACAAGAGUUUGACGUUAGGAGAAGUAUUAGAUGGAGACCGCAUGGCUUUGUCUAUGUACGACCUGGCGUUCAAAAAGAACUCAGACAAGAAGGAACUCUGUAAGGUUGCUUACACCGAGGAUGAGCUACAGCUUCUCCGGGACGCCAUCGAGGAUAUGUACUACUUUGAGUUUGUCAUCGAUGACAUCCCUGUGCGAGGGUUCAUUGGACACUUGGAGGAGGGCGGAUACCUGCCUCACACACACAAGAUUUACCUGUGGGCCCACCUAAACAUUAACAUAGAGUACAACGGGGACCAGAUUAUCUACGCCAAUGUGACGACAAAAGAGCAGGCGCCUGUAGGACUGGACUCGGCCGUCACUGCUCCAUUUGAGGUGGCGUUUACCUACAGCAUCAAGUGGCACACAACGGAAAUGAAAUAUGAAGAAAGAGGAAAGCGUGUCCGUGACAACAGUUUCUUCCCCAAGACUUUGGAGAUCCACUGGCUGUCUAUCAUCAACUCUAUGGUACUGGUGUUCCUGCUGAUCGGCUUUGUGGUGAUCAUACUAACAAGAGUGCUGAAGAGUGACUUUGCCCGUUAUAAUGUGGACGAGGAGGAGAGUGAUGAUUUGGAUAACGACGACAACGGCUGGAAAAUCAUUCACAGUGAUGUUUUCAGGUUCCCAGCAUUUAAAAGUCUCUUCUGUGCUAUCCUAGGUGUGGGAACACAGUUUUUAGCCCUGGCCACAGGGAUAAUGAUGAUGGCUAUGAUGGGAAUGUUUAACGUCCACAGACACGGAGCCAUUAACUCGGCCGGAAUCAUCCUGUUUGCCUUUACCUCAUGUAUUGCCGGAUACGUAGCUGCCAAUAUGUACAGGAAGUUAGGGGGAGAUAACUGGGUGUGGAACAUCAAUCUCACCUCAUGUUUAUUUGCAGCACCGUUCUUCUUUGUGUGGGCAGUGGUCAACUCUGUUGCCUGGGGUUAUGGUACGACCCAGGCGUUACCAUGGACGACUGUCGUGUUACUCAUGUGUUUGUGGUUGUUUGUUGGUUACCCGCUCACCGUAUUAGGGGGAAUAUUCGGCAAAAACUGGGCCAAUGGUUUUGAUGCCCCAUGCAGAACAAAAAAUAUAUCCCGUGAGAUUCCGCCCGUGCCCUGGUACAGAUCAUCCUUUGCCCACUGCGUCGUGGGAGGAUUCUUGCCCUUCAGUGCAAUCUCUGUGGAGCUGUACUAUAUCUUCGCCACACUGUGGGGCCGGGAACAGUACACAUUGUACGGAAUCCUGUUCAUAGUGUAUGGCAUUCUGCUGAGUGUCACAGCCUGUAUCUCGGUGGCCCUUACAUACUUCCAGCUGUCAGCUGAGGACUACAGGUGGUGGUGGCGCUCCAUCUUCAGUGCGGGAUCUACUGGGAUCUUUGUGUUCCUGUAUGCCAUGUUUUACUAUUUCAAACGGUCCAACAUGUCGGGUGCCUUGCAGACUCUGGAAUUCUUUGGCUACACCGCCCUCAGCUGCUACGUUUUCUUUCUCAUGCUCGGGACUGUAUCAUUCUUCGCUUCUCUCAACUUUGUACGAUAUAUUUAUGUCAAUCUGAAAAUGGACUGAACACAAACAUUCAUUUUGCAUAUCUAAGCAAAAAAGUUGUUUCAUUUUUGUUUUGAAAAAUAUAUUAUUCCUAUUUUUCUUAGAUAAUCAAUUUUUAAAUUGGUUGUACUUUAAAAUUUUCAAUGCUAUUAUUUAUGGUCACUGGAUAUAGUGUUUUGGUAUCAUUGUUACCAUCAAAUCAACACUUUUGUUUUCCUAGGUUAACCCUUUUACCACUGUAGACCAUAAUGGACUCAUCCAGAUCAAUGUAUGGUAGAGUCUACUAAAGUUACCUAGGGGUAUUAAAAGGGUUAACAGUUAAGCCUGACCUAAAUUUAGUUUAUUAUUUUGUGCACUGUGUAUUCACAUGAAGCACAUUAAAAAGACUCAAAACAACAAUUGUUAAUGUAUUUAUGGUAAAACACGAUACCUACAUUAAAUAUUUCAUAAAUAUGAAAGAUAUCACAUUUUAAGAAAUGAAAUUUCAUAUCUUAAUUCAUAUUUUAUGUAUUAAGAAAAAAUAAAUUGUUCUCAAGGUUUUAAUUAUUAUUUUCUUGUUAUUCAUAGAGGAUUAUCUGUUUAAAAGUUCACAUAUUUUUGCAUACCUUUUUGUACAGACAUGUUCACUAUAUUGUACUCUUGACUGACCAUUUGAGACAUUGUUGUGCAUUUCUUGAAAUAUAGACAUAUCUGAUUUACUUGUAGAAUUCACAUUCUGAUAAUGUCAUAUUGGAUUUUAAUUUUUUUACAGAUCAAAUCUGGGGGGUUUUAAGUGUAUGAAUUACAAUGAAAUAUGGGAGAAAGACUCAUAUGAAAAAAUUAACUCAUUCACCCCUGAAAACACAUUUGAACUCUUCCAAUUCAAACGUUGGAAUAGUUAAUUAUAAAAUUUCAGGGGUGAAAGUGUUGUCUUCGGCCUAUAUCAAGCAACAGGAAACAAGGAAACAGUAGAUUUAUUUUUCAAUUCAAAAUACAAUGUUCUGUUUGAUAAGAUGGUUUUAGGUCUGAAACACUUCACGCAGACUUUUUGAAGAUGUCAAGGAAAAUAACGAAUUUCAAAUAUUUUUUAAGGUAAAUUCCUCAUAUUUUAAUGAGUUAAUAUUUAAAAUGUUGUUGUACCAGAUUUCUAUGCAAGCACUACAGAAUAGGUAUCCUGAGUUCAGUAACUAGGUCAGCUUGGAACCUACUUCAACAGAAGCUUCCUGAAAGGACACUAGUUUGAAACAUCUUUAAUUAACCCUUUCACCACUGUAGACCAUAGUGGACUCCUCCAUAUCAAUACAUGGUAGAGUCUUCUGAAGUUACAUAGGGUUGAAAGGGUUAAAUGCAUCCGGCCUAGAAUGGGAUCAGAAAAUUGAUUUUUUAUAUAUUUCUUUGAUCAGUUUAAGGACGAUUCUGAAGGCAAAACUUACGAAAAACUAACAGAAGCAUCACCUCCGAAUGUUGCGUCAUUUACCCCAGCCAAGACCCCCAUCCCACUUUUGGGUGUGUGUGUGUUAAUACAGGGGUCAUGCAUUGGUUUUCAUAAGUAUACGUUCUUAAUUAAUCACAAUUUCAGAGGGGGAAAAGCACUGGGCUAUCCCAGACUGUUGGUAGUCAGUGUCUGUAUAAACGAGGUUGAAUUGUAUCUUAUUGUGUAUACAAUAUAUAGAGGGGCUAUAAAGUGUAGAUAUUACGUCGUAUGUAUAUAGAUUAUAAUACUGCCGUCAGACAUUUUACUUGAGGAAGACAUGCAUGAUAUAAACAAAAUUAUGCCACUGUCGUUCACUUGGAUGAAAUUGAUUGUAAAUAAAACUUUAACAACAACAUGUUACUGUUGGGCAUUUAGGAAUUCUUUGUUCACAUAGGGUAUCAUAACGUAGAUUUUUUUAUAACAUUCAUUUCAUGUUUUGAUGCUUGUAAAAUAUAAUUUCCCCCAAAAUAACACUAACAAAUUGUUAAAUGCAUUUCUCUUUUCUUCAUGUGAUCAUUUUGAGUUACCAAAACUUGGAUUUUCUUUUAAGAAUAUGAAAUACCAUCAUAAAUAGUGUUAUGUUAAGUGGUGUUUAACUUGAUUCACCGCUGAAAUUUCAUGAUGAACUCUUCCAACCUUAGAGUUCAAAUGUGUCUUCAGGGGAAAAUGAGUUAAGCUGGUCAGGUUUUGAACAAAAGGGCCAAGAAGUUGAAAUGAUGAAACAUUGCAUGUUGUCUAUAUUAUCAUUCCAUGUUUUUGAUUUAAUUAAUGUGUCUCCUUUUUCUCUUAUACAAUUAUUCAGGGAAAACUAAGGUUUUCCAGCAGUGGUGUUCCAUCCACUAAUUAUUUCACAUUGAGGCUUAGUGUCGUCACAACAGAUGUCUCCGGUGUUCUCAGGUUUGGCGUAAAAUUGGAAGUUAAUAUAGGUUAUUUUCUAAUUAACAACAGACAGGCUGUGAAAUCAAAAUAGUUUGACAUUACCCUGGUCAGUCAAUAGUCUCAGCUUUGUCUUCUCAAACAGAUUUGGAUAACGUUUUGUUUGGAUGGUCAAAUAGCGUAUCGGGGGUAGCCAUUCAUUGUUACCUGGAGUGGCUACAGUGUUGACCUUGGGUGGCUGCAGUGUAUACUAGUAGUGACUUCAGUAUUGACCUUGGGGGGCCCCAGUGUAUAAUAGUAGUGGCUACAGUAUUGGC